UUCUUUUUCUCACACUUUCUCACUGCCCAAACAAACACAAACACACAAAAGCUCGUCGCCGGGUAAUCGAACUGGCGAUCUCCUCCACCAUGAAGCGAACUACCUCAUCGAACUCAGAACCACAGAGCUACAUCGAAUCGCCACUCUCUCCUCUUCGAUUCCACUCCCCUCUCUCAGACGCCGGAGAUCCACCGCCGGAGAGCCGUUACGUUUCCCCCGAGGCUUCUCCUUUCAAACUCGAGUACCCCAACGGCAAGUUCCCGCCUCUUCCGCCGCCUCCUCCUCAGUAUCCGCCGCCGCCGCGGUAUCAGAGAAAUGCGAGAGCAGCAGCUCCGACGAACUCUUCUUCCGAUAAGUCUCCGUCGUCUAUGGUGGUGCUCAACCGCUGGGUGAGAGAGGAAGGUCCGCAGACUACGGCGAGGAAGGCUGGAGAAUCGGCGGCGACGACGACGGCGGCGAACAGAGCGAGAAGAGAUGGAUCGGUGGCUAUGGCGGCGCUAGGGUUUAGAGUGAGUGAAGUAGUUUUGUGCGUGGUAUCGUUUUCGAUCAUGGCGGCUGAUAAAACUAAAGGAUGGAGCGGUGACUCCUAUGAUCACUACAAAGAGUACAGGUAUUCUUUGUUUGUGAACGUUAUAGCAUUCGUAUACUCUGCAUUUGAAGUUUGUGACGCUGCUUGCUACAUCGCGAAAGAGAAUUACAUGUUAAACUGUGGAUUUCACGACAUCUUCGUCUUCUUCAUGGAUCAAUUUCUUGCAUAUCUUCUGAUGUCGGCUUCUUCAUGUGCUGCGACUCGAGUUGAUGACUGGAUAUCUAAUUGGGGCAAAGAUGAGUUUACUCAAAUGGCAACCACGUCCAUCGCGGUUUCUUUUGUAGCGUUUGGGGCGUUUGCGGUCAGCGCUUUGAUUUCUUCUUACAGGCUGUUCACUCAUGCUUCCUCUUAGUUAUAUCCUCUUUUGUGUGUUGCCAGAGAGUCUGAGACCAGAUAUGACUCUUUUGUCUUUGUACAGUCUAUCUUAUAGCUUAGAAACCAGCAUGGUAAUGAUUCUUGCUACCCUUUGUGUGAUAAAAAAUCUCAAUAAUAUAUAUAAGGCAAGCAAUCAAAUGACUGAGCUGACUUGUGGAUCAA